UGCAAGUUGGUAGGAGCAAUGCCCCUCGGCGGUAAUGUGGUAAUAUGAAACAGUGUUUCACGCACUGCAAUAUUGCUUACAGAGACCUUUAAUUCUGAUAGCCACCACCUAUUGCUUACGAACCUGACCAAAAUGUUCUAGCGUAGCCAGCGCUGCUUAGAGGACCUAAGAAAUACAGCACAAGACAAUUCGGCUAGCUUCUAUUGUCGCUGAAGGAGGCUCUCUGCGGCGAAAUGUCGAGUCGAGUCACGCCAUCAUCGGACCCCAAUGAGCCGGGGACCAGCGGUCCAAAAGCCGCCCUAGGGGCUCCUCUAGGACCUCGUCUGCCCCUCGGACCUCUCGCUCCACUACCCACCCGACCGGGCCUCUUAGCGCCGCUAGGAGCCGCGCCUUUGGGCACACUCCCGCCCCUCUCAUCAGUCCAACACCAACCGGCCUACCCAGUCCCCAAGUCCGAACCUCAACAAACGUCAAACCAGACCGCGCCCACAGAGCGCAGCCAGGCUGAGGCGCCGGCGCCAGGCGCAACUACCGAAAAGCCGCAACCUGCAGCCAUUGCCAUCCCGACAUCCAUCGAAGGUGACACUCGUGAACCAGCUAGCAUCGCUGGCUUAGCCAGCCCUGCCGCAGAAGCAGGCGCACCAUCCUCAGCAGCAGCGGCGGCGGCAGCGGCGGCGGCACCUGAACCCGCCUCGGCACCCCCACCGCCGCCGCCGCCACCGCAAGCACAGCAACCUGCACCCCUAGUCCAUGCCGCUGCUGCACAACACCCUCCACAGCCGCAAGCAACACCCUCGCAACCCCUCCAGCAACAACAACCACAACCACAUGAGCAGCCAUCAACUCCAACUCAGCCGGCGCUAUCACCUCAGUCAUCCGUACAGCAAGCACAGCAGCAGCCGGAGCAGCAACAGCAGGAGCGCCGACCUCCCUCCCUGACACAGCAGCAGCAGCAACAACAACAGCUACCUCCCUCCUCCUCCGCUUCCUCCGCCCCGCCACAACCAGCAUCUUCCACCCCACCAUCAUCAAACCCACCUCCACCACCUCCUCCAACCCUACCCUCCACAUCCUCCCAUGCACCCCCACCCCCACCACCCCUACAGCUGCCCCCGCCACUGCCGCAUCUGCCAGGGGCCGUACCGGGCACUCCCCCCGGCGGCUCCUCCGGGGCUGACGGCAGCGGCGGUGGCGGCGGCGGUGAGGGUGGCGGAGGCGCAGCCGCCGUCAUCUCCCUGACCGCCGCCUCCGCCGGCCCCACCACCACACGCACCUCACUCAAAGUAUCCCCACCACCACCACCACCACCACCACCACCACCACCGCCUCACACCCCCCCCGCACACCCCGCCGCCGCCGCCGCCUCCUACCCAGCUACGCCGUACACCUCCCAUGCUGCAGCUGCUGGCGGCAGCGGCGGUGGCAGCGGCGGUUGGGAUGGUCGUACACCCAGAGUCCUACCAGCAGCGGCAGCCGCCGCCAGCGCUCGCGGAGGUGUCGUACCGGGCCCUACGCCGCCGUCGACGCCGCCGCCAGCGUUCGUACUGCAGGAUCCAACACCACGCGGCGGUCGGGUUGGGUCGUCCAAGGGAGGAGGGGGGAGCAGCAUGGGGGGCGGUGGAGGGGGCGGUGGAGGGGAUGACGAGCGGGCUGUGGAGGAGUACAUCCCCUUUGGCUUUGUAGAGCUGAGAGGCAAGCUCAUCUCCGACCACCCGCACCUCUUCACCGACCCACGGGUCCGCAGCCAGUUUGAGGAGCUGUGCCGGUGGAUCAGCCUGCGCAACAAACUCAGGCUCGCAAUCGACUACGGCGACGCACAUGAGAAGUACGCGCCGCUGGAUCCUGACAAGGACACCCUCGCCUUCAAGGCAGUCGAGCCGGGAGUGGCCUCCUUUGGCCGCCCCUCCACACCCGGGGGUGCACCCAGCUCCCUGCUCAGUGUCAAACAGCGGGCAGCCGAGUUCGAUCGGGAGCUGGGGGCCAUCCUGGAGAAGGCGGAGUUCGAGCCCCUGCCGCGGCAGGACCUGGAAAAGGCCAAGCACGACAAGAGCCUGAUGGGGUUAGACGUCGCCUCCGCCUCCGACGAAUACCUGGACUACCAGCUCUUUUACCGGGGGUCCAGAACAAAGAAGAUCCAGUGGCUGCGCUGGGGCCUGAUCAAGCGCCAAAUAGAGAUGAACGUGUACGAACGACUGGCCAUAGGGUUCAGGCUGAAGAAGCCGGUCAGCUCCGACGACCUGCCUGCGGAGGGCGACAACGAGCGCUUCAGCACGCCCUGGUACAAGCAGCUGUGCGGUUGUGGCGGCUCCGGCAACCUAUCCGCGCUGGCCGAGCUGCGCGACGAGUUCGUGUACCUGAAGCUGUUCCGCGACGUGCUGCAGUGCGAUGUGGACAUGCUGCUGCCCGGGGCGGUCAUCAAGUUCACGGGACUGGACUACCUGAUGAUCUGGGUUCCCAUCAUCGUGGGCUGCUGCGCCGCCGUUUGGAAGGCGGUGCAGGGCACCAUCAACUUCUCCAACAUGCGGGAUGCCUUCAUGUCUGUCGUACUCAUUGUCAUGCCGCUGACGUGGGGCGUCCGGGCCUACAUGGCAAUCCGUGAGAAGCAGCGGCUGCAUGUGGCGCACCUCAACGCGCUCUUCCUCACGCACAGCCUCAACAACAACGCGGGGGUGAUAUCGCAGCUGCUGGACGAGGCGCAGGAGCAGGAGGACAACGAGGCCAUGCUGGCCUACUUUUUCCUGUGGGGCGGCCAGCAGGCGCCGCAGCCGCAGCGGAAGAUAGACCUCGACCGGACUGUGGAGACCUACCUGCAGAGGAAGCUGGAUGACGCGGGCACUUCCAUACGAAUGGACUUUGAGGUGGCCGACUCGAUCGGCAAGCUGGAGCGGAUGGGGCUGCUGCAUACCGUGGUGGCGGGGCCGGGGGGGGAGAAGCGGCUGCAGGUGCUACCGUUGGAGCAGGCGGUUGAGCGAGCGCAUGUACGGCACUUUGACGAGGCCCGAGAGACAGGCCAGGUCUCGCAGCCGCGCGCCAAGUCCAAGCGCUACGGACCCAUGGGUCUGAUGUGGCAUGAGUGCUUGGACGUGUUCAAGCCCACAGGCCAGCAAUUCCGCUACUGGUGGAAUGCGGUCACCGGGGAGACCACCUACUUCGAGCCGGAGGAGCCGUACAUCAAGCUGACCACCGCUGCAGCUCUGGACUAUGCGAGUGCCAUGGGUAACGACCUGCGCGAUCCCGCCAAGCACAACCUGCUGCCGCACUCCAAGACCGCGUAGCAGAAUUGACCGGUUGGUAGGAGUAGCAGUAGUAGCUGGUUGCCCGGAGUGGUUUCGUAGCGGUUGGGAGAGCAGUACAGUACGACAUGGCAUGGUACGGUACGGUACGACUGACGGGACUAAUCGCGAGUGCUAACUCAUCUUUUUCACGAAUGCACACAAAUGGGUGCAUAUGCAGCUUUCUUUUCCAGUCUUUUUCUGUCUCGAGCACAAGCUAGGUAUGUUUAUGUGAGCUGUUUGGGGUUCGUGAUUGUACACGCGAAGUGUAUUUGGCGAUUGUACACGGCAAUUUUGGAAGGGCGCGUGUAAUGUCGUAUAUGCGUUAAACGUAUAAAAGAACUUGCAGUAUGAACUAUGCCGGUUGGUUCCCGUUGUGACGUACCUGAUUAACGGUCUGUGGUUUGACAUGAUUUGUACGUUUAAGGCUAACACCCGUGUUCUAUGGGGGGGCAUGGUGUGUGAUCGGUGUUGCUACAGAUUGCGCAGAUGACCCCUCGAGCUGAGGGACAGAUCGCAUGAUUUCGGUCACAUGGCUGAUUAGUAAUACACACAGCACAUGUUGAACCGUGGGGGAAACGAAAGUGAUAGUGGAUAAUGUUCUCGUUAUUAUCAUGGUUACUUGCGUCCAAUAAUUAUCCAGUAUACACUUUUCAGUAAAGAGGCAAAGGUUGUGUACUUGCUUUUAUGCGCUGUCCUUCGUGUUGGACAGCAAAGACGAUAUAAUGCGUUUGACCAUUUCCUCUUCUAUCAUGCGGGUGUCAAAGAGGCAUGUGCCGGUAUGCUGGAGAAAGGGGCUUUCCCAGCUGUGACCCAUGGGUCAGUUUGACCGUGCAGUGUCAGGCAGCUCUAAGGCGUAUGUGAAGUGGCAGUGUAGGCAUAUGAUGUGGAGUUGCCAAAAUUCGGAAGCUGCAUUAAAUUGCGACGACGUCGGGAUGAAUGCUGCAAUGUGAUCUACCGGUAUGGUGCUUGCAAUUAUACGGGGUUGGGUUGAAUGAAUGACCGUUACAAUGGUGCCCUAAAAGGGAGCACCGAGUUGAUCUGGGCGGCAUGCCGGAUUGAAGAAGGGGAUGCGGAGACAAGUACUGUUGCUGGGGUCGGCUAUUUUCUAGUUAACUUUUCAGUAGCCCUGCGUUGCAAGGCAUUCCUUUGUUGGGGGUGAUACAUGUUUGUUUUGACCAAAAGAUUUGCUGUGAACCAUGUACAAACCGGGAUGUGCUGUCGUACCCCCGUGCCGGUUCAGUCCUUGCUGAG